AUGUGGCUCAAGAAGCUGUUGUCGAAUGGCAAAGGAACCCCCGUGUUCAUUGGUGCUGUCUGUGAGUCAGGGUUCCCGUUGCUGUCGCCCCCAAUCCUAAAUCUCACUGAACGGGAGCUGUCAAUUAGCAAGUCAAGGCAGACGUUGAAUUCUGGCCCCGGAGGGUCGCGCUUCCUAGCCCUGGCCCCUGUUAACUUCCGAGAUCUGACCAGAUUUGCCCCUACCACGCACGCCGCCUUCCCCAGGCUCCCUAAAAUACCCAAAUGCCAGCAGCCCUGCCCCUCCCACCAUUCACUGUGCAGCAACCCACGCAAGGAAAGCACGGCUGACGCUCCUCCGGUCGCUGACUUGAAAGGGAGGAACGAGAAAAGGGAAGGGAGGCGGUCUGACAGCGCCGCCACCCCCCGCCGUUGCUCGGCUGGUCGGAAAAAGCCAAGCGUGGGUCGCCGCCCCCUCCAAAAGCUCGUGGCCAAGCCGGGGGUCUUUGCACGACACAAUCUGAGGCCAAUCGCCUCCCCCACGAACCCCCCCCCCCAGCUUCUAUCUCUUCAAGGGGCCGGGCGCAUAGUGGUCCUCCAGCUCCCAGCAGGUGCUUCUGUGCGAGCGCCAGGCCGCCUGGCCAACGGGGGGUGGUGGUGGUGGUGCUGCACUAGCGGGUGCCGGAGUCACAGCCGCAGCCCGCGGAAGGCGGAACGGCAGAGCUGGCCAUGGCGCCGGGGGCGGCCGGGCACGAAAUCAGGAGGCGGCGGCGGCGGCAGCGGGGGGCGCCGCACUGAACCGGACCGCGCCCACCUGUACAACCUGAUGCUGGCGAUGGAGAGGCUGGGCGACAUGCACGGGGGGACCCAUGAGCCGGGGCCCCUCAGCGGCUGCCUCCACCUGCGCAGCUCGGGGGGCCGCCGAGGCCCGCACCUGGCAUCCCACCCCGCUGGCCCGCUGGGCAUGGCUUCGCUCCUGGACGGGCCGGACUUCCACCAUCCGCACGCGCACCGGAGCCCCUCCGAGCAUCCGCUGAGCGGGCCGCUGCCCCCGCCGCUGAGUAUGGCUUGCGAGACCCCUCCUGGAAUGAACCUGAGCGGCACCUACGCCACGCUGACGCCCCUGCAGCCCCUGCCGCCCAUCUCGGCCGUCUCGGACAAGUUCCCGCACCCCCACCAGUCCCCCGGCGGCGGCGGCGGCGGCGGCGGCGGCGGCGGCGGCGGCGGCUUCGCCCUCAUGCGCGGCGGGGACGAGCGGCCUCUGGCCGGCUCCGUGAGCAACUUGUAUCCGCACUACCCCAAGGAGGUGGCCGGCAUGGGGCAGCACAUCUCGCCGCUGUCCGUGUCAGGAGCCGGCCUGGGUCGGUUCCAUCACGCUCAGCAGCCGGGGCUGCCGCACUACCCUCACCCUGGGCCCGUGGAGCCGGCGGAGAAGAUGCUCGCCCCCGGCAGCUUCGGAGCCUCCCACCCGGCCCUGCUGGGCCGCCACGGAGACCCGCCCCUGGGCGGCAUCCCGCACCACCUGCAGGCCCCCCUGAGCGCGCCGGGCUCCGGCCAGCCACUCUGCGCCGCCCGUGAGCCCGGCGCCCCCUCGGCACAAGCCAGCAGCGGCCCCCCGGGAGAGGAGAUCCACACGAGGGAGGUGGCGCAGCGCGUCAGCACCGAGCUCAAGCGCUACAGCAUCCCGCAGGCCAUCUUCGCCCAGCGCGUGCUGUGCCGCUCGCAGGGCACCCUCUCCGACCUCCUGCGCAACCCCAAGCCCUGGAGCAAGCUCAAGUCCGGCCGGGAGACCUUCCGCAGGAUGUGGAAGUGGCUGCAGGAGCCGGAGUUCCAGCGCAUGUCGGCGCUGCGCUUGGCAGCUUGCAAACGGAAAGAGCAAGAAUAUGGGAAGGACAGAGGGAACACUCCCAAAAAACCAAGGUUGGUCUUUACAGACGUACAACGUAGGACUCUCCAUGCAAUAUUCAAGGAGAAUAAGCGUCCUUCCAAAGAACUGCAAAUCACCAUUUCGCAGCAGUUAGGAUUGGAACUGAGCACCGUCAGCAACUUUUUCAUGAAUGCACGAAGGAGGAGCCUGGAUAAAUGGCUGGAGGAGGGGAACUCCAGUUCUAGCAACUUGUCAUCAUCAUCAUCUUCCUCAAGCACUUGUACCAAAGCAUAGAGAAUCAACUCCAAAAAGAAACUCGGUAGAAAAGCUUUAAAAUAAAUGAAGAAAUGAGCAGGAGCUCAAGAAAACAGGUUUAUCCUAAAAUGUUUUUCAAGGGUUGUGUAUAAAUGCAAAGAAACCAAAGAUCGCUAUCUCUCAAUUCUGACUUUGUUUUCAGAAACACGGUUUAGUGUGAAGAAAGCUGGCAAAAGCAGACAACCACAAAGGAACAAAGACAUCAACUAUCUGCAUGACACCUUCUUUGGCCAUUUAUGAAGGUGUCUUCAAAUAAUGCAUUUCAUUUCACACCAAUGACACCGGAGAUAGAGGUCACGUGUUCAUUCUGGAGUCGAGGAACUUACAGAAAAUACGACUGGAGUCAUCUGGGUUCAGUUGAAUAGUAGGGCAAUUCGGCUGUUUAAAUUGUCCAAACAUCGUCAGUGCAAUAUCUGGAUAUAAGCUCAAGGACAGGGAAGGAAUUUUCAGUUGCCCGAGCCAGCACAUCCUAUUUGUUUGGUAAGGACCAUGUCAUAGCAUUUCUUAAGGACCACAUAGCAUUUCUCCACAAAAAGAAUUUAGUGGGUACCAAAGAACACACAUGCUAUUAUAUAAAAGGUAUUUUAUUGAAAUUAUGUUAUUUUUCCAAAGGUAUUUUAACACAAGAUCUCCAGAACAGGUAUAGCGAUAAACCAUUAUUAUAUAAGAAAUUGUACUGUAAUGAAAACUGUGAGUCUAAUCAGGAAAAUUUUUUACAUUGGCGAAGCAGAGCAGUAAGAAGCAAUGACGUGCAGUUGUGUUUCUAUAGCCCAGCAGUGUAGCUCUAAGCAGAGUUACAUUCAUGUAAUAAAGGGGCUUGGAAAAGUGGUUGGAAUGAUUUUGGACAGGAUCCCACAUCAGAACGUCAAUAUCAAUAGUUGUAUAGCUAUCUGGACAUAUUUGAGUCUUUGCAAUUGUCAAACUAUUUACGUUGCUUAGUGUAAAUUAUGAAGAAAUAGUCCCCAACUCUUGCUUCCAAGCUUCCAAGUAUGUAAGUCUGCACACACGUCUCUCCAAAGUAUUUACGGCAAACUCACAAAACACAAAUUGUUAGCAUUCAGGUAUUAAAUGGUGUGAUUGUGCUCUCAAGUAAUCAGGGACUUCAUAGACAUUUGCAAUGAAUUCAUAACCAGAGUCACAACUUUAUGAGACAACUGAAGUUAAUGCAGUUAGAGAGAAAUAAUGACAUCCUUUUAAAAGUACAGGAGGGACAACUUUUCACUUUCCAGAUGGCGCUGGCCUGUCAAGGAGUCCUUUUAGGCCUGACAGUCUGAACCACAGCCCAGUUAUGCAGCGAUUCGAGAACCGAACUGUCUCGGAAUGUUUCUGUAUGACUCAAAGAACCCAGUCCAUCGCUAAGUCAGCGGGAGGACCCAUUACUCACAACAAAAUGCUUCCUUGUUGUAUGUUUAGGGUCACAUUGCUGAUCUAAAGACUAACAGUGCAAUUACAAGCAGAGUUACACCAUUCUGAGAGCACGGUAGGAAUCUGUAGCUCUCCUUUGGGCGGCCCUGCAAAUCAGCAAGGCGGACCAGACAGCUCGGCGUCGUGGGUUUUCCAGGCCACGGGGCUUACAUCUGGCAGUUUGCUGUCAAAACAUUCUGCCCCGUGUGCAGAUGGCCUGUUCAGAGGCAUGUGAUGGUAAGAUAUGCCCCCCAAUAGGUGCUGGUAGAACAUUAAGAGUCAAAACUAUUAGGCCAGAAAACCCACAGCUGCCAGUUGAUCGCAGCCGUGAAAGCCUUCACAAAUACAUAGUGAAGCAGGUUAGGCAUUUAUCUCAUUUCCUCCAGAAAUUAUCGCAUGGAGAAAUAGACAUGACCGAUUUCACAGAGAAAAAGAAAAAAAUAUUCAAUUGGAGCUGGAUCUUCUUCUUGAAGCCAAAAUGAUUGUAGUUUUCAUAACAGAACAAUUAAUAUUUAUCACUUAAUAGGCUUUUCACGUAUUGAUGUGAGUUAGAACUCCUCAGAGACAGAGGAACAGUGGAAUAGUCUGAACAAACCAACCAGCCACUAUGAACGGGGCUAUUUGUGUUUGAAAUAAAUGCUGUGGACAAUCCAGCAGCCAGCUGAAAUCUGACAUACGUCAGGCUACGGAGUACAUUACAAAUAAAUUAGGUAGACAAGCAUAACGUCAGUUAACUUAGCGGUUGUUCACGCACAGGUGGAUACCAACCUAUUCAUUCCCAAAUAUUAAUAUUUCCCUCUGUUGGGCUUAUGCAAAAAAUGGAAUGUUCCCUGUGAUUAUGGCAUAUGAAUAUAAUCUACUUUUCAGUUUAUAAUUUAAUAGUUUAGACCAAAUGGCCUCGCCUUAUGAAAAGGUGAAAAUUUAAAAAUGGAAGGGAAACAAAACAGUCUAGAAUUCCAUGUUUUGAUCUGGAGAAAUAAAGCAAGGGACGGGGACUUACAGAGAUGCUGCAAUUCUUGCACCGUGAGCGAAAAAAGCUACUACAAUAAUGGCACUCGCCCCAGAUGUAUCUCUGUUCAUCCACUUCCUGUACUGUGUGAAUAAUAUAAAUACGUUAGGAGAUUCCAGAGUUUUUUGUCUGAAAAGAAAAUGUCUGAUAGAAACAGACUGACCAGUAUGGUACAUAUCCAGGACUCCCUCCUCCAAUGUAGAUAGGGCAACCCUAACAAAUGCAGUAGGAGGCCUCCAAACAGGCCUUUAGUCAGACGCAAGUGAAGCCGCCAGCGUCAACCAGAGGCCCUAGCAGCAACACAGAGUAAUAGAGAUCAUGCCAAUCCAUUCUUCUCAGAGGAAUUUGAAUUCCCGUACCCCUCUUCUCUAUCAAGUAGCUCAUAUUACAGUUUGUUGUUAAAACAUCAUCUGCAUAAACCCUUUUAGAUUGGAACUAAUAUAAAUUUCAUCUACUAUGCAAUUAUUAUAAAUGCUAUUAGUAAUAGUUUAAAUAUGCCAGCUCGCUUCCCAGAUAGUCAGAAAUAUCUGGCAAAAUCAAACUUGAACACAGCUACAAGAUGUUAUGCUGUUCCCGAUUUUGCCAUUCCAAGUAGUUCCUGGUCACGUUUUUACUGUAGCUGAAAACACAUGUUUUUAUUUUCAUCCUCCUUUGGAUAUGAGAUGAACACUAUGCAUUUAGCAAACAAAGAGAAAGCACUGCCUUCUUUUGUAAGAAGGCACGUUUAGGAUUUAUUCAAUGGUCCUUGAAGCCAACGCGCAGACUAUAUUUGGCCUGAUGAUUUAGUAUCAUGGCACGGUAAGUCGUCUGAUCCAGUUUGUAUCUAUAUCCUUAUUAUGCUGAUGGUAAGGAAUAGUUAUACCGACAGCUGUUAAAAAGACAGAAGAGCAUCAAGGCUUGCUAAGUACAGCGUGAAGCACAGGCGCUACCUCACUCAGUUUCCAUUGGUGAUUUUAAUCGCAUUGAUGAAACCAAAGACUUUUUUUCUUGGGCGUCCCACAGUCAAUACAGGAACUCCUUCUGCUGACUUCACCAGUUCCUGGAGGUUCUCAGUACAUACAAUUGUCUUCAUCUAUAAUUACACUCGCUUCCGACUACUGGUACAGGAACACAAACAGCGGCGGUCUCGAUAAACACGCAGCAAACUUUAUAGAACUAUAACGAGUGCCUUGCUUGAACCAAAGCGUUAAACCGCUCUUGACUUCUGUACGUCUCACCUUAUAAAUAUACACUGUGAAUACCUCAGCCUAAUAAAAAGGCCACAAAUGGAAAAAAAUAAUUCUUCACCACGGUGCUUUCCCCCACGCAACUACGCCACAAAAAGGUGUUUGAAACCAAAGGGAAACGUAUGUUUUUAUUCCUAUUUUUGUGUAAGCAAACCAAAGCUUUCAUUCGAAAAAUUUCCUUUGAAGCGGUUCGAGUUCUUAACGUAGCGAGGCCACGUAUGACUUUUAUCAAUUUCUCAAAAUACCUCAAAGAAAUAAAUUAAUACGGGCAUGUUGUGUAGAGAGUCCAUGUGUUAAAGCAGAAGUUACCAACAUGAUUGUUGUAAACAUUUGUUUUAAAGUUAUGUGUAAUUUAUUUUGAAGCUUUGAUAUCUUUGUAGGGAUUUUUCCAUCGUUUUGCUGAAAUUGAGACUGUUUAUUCCUCCACCAGUUUUGCAAAACAGCUGCACAAUGAUGCAAACAGACUUGCAGGGCAGCCCUGAGCAGCUGCAAGUCGUCAGGCUCAGAAGGUGAGACCCCUGCAUAGGAGCGUGUAGAGAUUUUCUUUGUAAGUGGAAGAUUUUUUUUAAAACAGUCAUUGUCCGUUCUACAGGGUCCAAGAAACUUGUUGUCAUUUUUUCAAAUACCGUAAGCUUAAUUUAUUUAUGCUUUAUACGCGUUUAUGUAAUCACUGCUCUAAUUUAUAACGUAAAGGAAGAUUUGUACAUAACUGCGAAA